UCCGGUUUUUUACCUGGAGGGAAGAGUUCUGUUUCUGAUUUUGCUGCUCUGGUCCAGUGGGCCGGCUGUCAUUUAUUGUCCUCCUCAGCCCGAACUCAGCGAUCUGAUGUCCGAACAAAAUGUCGGAUUUUGAAGAAUUUGAGAAGCAGCUGAGCGAGAACCGCCAAGAGAGAGAAAGAGAAAGGCACAAAAAGAGGAGUCGCAGCGGUUCUGCGGCUCGCGGCGACAAACAUGGCGCCUGGGGCAAAGAGCGGCGAGACAAACGGAGUCGCAGCAAAGACCGGAAGAGUCGGGACCGCCGGAGCUCCUCGCGUGACCACAAAAAACACAGUCAUUCUCCGCGCAGGACGAGGAAGAAAAAGACGUGCAAGUAUUGGGAUGUUCCUCCUGCGGGCUUUGAGCACAUCACUCCUCUGCAGUACAAAGCCAUGCAAGCGGCGGGACAGAUUCCCAGCAUCGCUCUCCUGGCGACGUCCAGCGUUGUGGCCGUUGUGGCCGGCGUGGCUGCGGCCCCGACCCAGGUGCCGGUUGUGGGCAGCCAGAUGACCAGACAAGCCCGCCGCCUCUACGUGGGGAAUAUUCCCUUUGGCGUGACCGAGGAGUCCAUGGCCGAGUUUUUCAACGCCCAGAUGAGACUUGCCGGCCUCUCGCAGGCUCCCACCAACCCGGUCCUGGCUGUGCAGAUAAACCAGGACAAGAACUUUGCUUUCUUAGAGUUCCGCUCAGUCGAUGAGACCACGCAGGCCAUGGCAUUUGACGGGAUCAUUUUCCAAGGUCAGUCUCUGAAGAUUCGAAGACCUCACGACUAUCGGCCGUUGCCUGGCAUCUCGGAGCAGCCGGCGUUCCACGUGCCAGGCGUCGUGUCCACCGUGGUUCCCGACUCUCCUCAUAAGCUCUUUGUAGGAGGUCUGCCCAACUACCUGAACGACGACCAGGUCAAGGAGCUGCUGACGUCAUUCGGGCCCCUCAAAGCGUUCAACCUGGUCAAAGACAGCGCCACCUCGCUGUCCAAAGGUUACGCUUUCUGUGAGUACGUGGACAUCGGCGCCACUGACCAGGCAGUGGCCGGACUCAACGGCAUGCAGCUGGGCGAUAAGAAGCUCAUUGUGCAGAGAGCCAGCGUGGGAGCCAAAAACGCCAACCUGGCCGCCAUCAUCGAGACCCCGGUGAUGCUGCAGGUUCCCGGGCUGCAGAGGCUGCAGAACUCGGGCGUGGCCACGGAGGUGCUGUGCCUCCUCAACAUGGUGAUGCCCGAGGAGCUGGUGGACGAUGACGACUACGACGAGAUCCUGGACGACAUCAGAGAGGAGUGCUGCAAAUACGGCGCCGUCCGCUCCAUCGAGAUCCCCCGGCCCGUCCACGGCGUGGAGGUACCAGGCUGCGGAAAGAUCUUUGUGGAGUAUGUGUCGGCCGCCGACUGUCAAAAAGCCAUGCAGGCUCUCACAGGACGCAAGUUUGCCAACAGGGUGGUGGUGACCAAAUACUACGAUCCAGAUAUGUAUCACAGACACGACUUUUAAGCAACAGCUUUCACUUCCUUAAUCGACGUUGCAACCUGCAUGAGCCUCGCAAGCUUCACAUCAGGGGUGUCCAAAGUGCAGCUCAUUUUUUUACUGGCCGGCGGCACAUUUCAUUAUUUCAAAGUUGUAGAUGUUAUGAAUAUUACACUAAAACGUUGCCACUAUAACACAGAGCUGAUUUUUCUUUUAAGAUAUUAAACUUCUUUGCAUAU